AUGGCUGAUUCCGUUGAAGAUCUUGAUUCUCUAUUCGAUUACCGUCGCGUGAAGCCUAUCACAAUCCUUGACGAUGAUGGGGAUGAUGAAGUAAAAGAAGUGGCUAAUGAUGACGAGGAUUGGUUACUUCCUCCUCCGAAGGACUCCAGUGAGUCACUGAAGCAGCUUGGUGAGGACUCGGCUAUUAAAGAGUUGAGGUUAAGGAAGCAAGAGCUAAAAGCACUUACAAGAAAAGAGUCUUUGUUUCAAUCUGUGGAGUCACCAAAAAGAGAAAGUGAUUCAGUGCAUGCUGCUCUAGACUCUUUGGCCGAGCAACCAUCAAAGCCUCAUCAUGUAAGAGCUAAAAUAGUUAUUUCUAUUCAAGACAAGGAUGAAGUCAAACAAUUUCGUGUGUACAAGGAUGAAAAGUUCGAGCGGCUCUUCAAACGGUAUGCUGAUAAAGUUAAGCUUGGCAUUGAGAACCUAGUUUUUAUGUUUGAUGGGGACAAAAUCAAUCCGACUGCCACCCCUGAUGGUCUUGGAAUGGAUGAUGAGGACAUUAUCGAAGUACUUGUGAAGAAAAGCUGA